CUUAACUCAUUGAUUGGUGGCAAAUCACCCCCUCAACCUCCUUCAUGGGCAAAUUAACCCCUCAACUCACCACUCACCUGCAGGGGCAAAUCAGCCCGGCUGUUAAGGAUGACGUCAUCGUUCCGUUAACAUUUAACGUGGGUAUGCCUUACCAUGACGGGCUCUUCUUCUUCGACAUCGCAUUCUCGCCCGAUUAUCCCAGUCGACCGUCGAUGGCUCACUACCGAUCUUUUGGGUAUCGGAUCAACCCAAACCUGUACGCGAACUCGAAGGUCUGUUUGAGUUUGAUUAACACUUGGGUCAGGAAAAAGAUUGAAAAAUGGAAUCCGAAUGAGUCAAUGGUUCUCCAACUUCUGCUCUCGAUUCAGGGUCUAGUUCUCAACGAAAAGCCCUGCUUCAAUGAGCCCAGCAAUGUCGCUUGGCCGGGUCGUUUCUGGGAGAAGAAAUCCGCCGCUUACAGUGAGGAUGCUUUCCUGCUGUCUUGCCGGACGAUGAUGCUUCUGAUCAAGCGACCUCCGAAAAAUUUCGAAGGCUUUGUUAUGAAGUACUUUAGGGAUCGAUCGAGCUUUAUUUUAUUGGCGUGUAAAGCUUACAAAAAUGGGAGUGCAAAGAUCGGGUAUUGCAACCAUCAGUGCGAAUCAUCAUCUUGUGUAUUAGAAAAGUUCAAGAAAUUGAUGAAACAACGGUACCCGGAGCUUGUGGUAACGUUUUCAAGAACUGGAGCUUCUCUGGGGAAUUUCGUCGAACAGGUGAAUGUUGGUAAGAAAACGGCGGCACCGGCGUCGGAGAGUCAAGCGAGGCCAAAACAUAAAGUUGACGAUGAAGAGGUUUCAAAAAUAGAAGAAGGUAUUGUUACCAAACCCACAACCAAUGGAGAUAACAGCCCUUCUUCUUCGACUACUCUUACAGCAACCACAACACAAAAGUUGAUUGCUGAGUUCAUAGGUACCUUCUUCCUUAUAUUUGCCGGCUGUGGCGCUGUGGCCGUCAACAAGGUCUAUGGAUCCAUAACCUUCCCUGGCGUUUGCGUGACAUGGGGUCUAAUCGUCAUGGUCAUGAUCUACUCAGUUGGCCAUGUCUCCGGUGCUCAUUUUAACCCAGCCGUUACCAUAGCUUCAGCUCUCCUUGGGAGAUUUUCAAUUUGGCAGGUUCCAUUGUACGUGGUGGCUCAAAUGGGAGGAUCAUUGAUAGCUAGUUUUGCACUAUCAGUAUUACUUCAUGAUCCUGUCUCCGCAACCAAAGCCACCACAGCUUUUUUUGGAACUGCACCAGUUGGAUCCAAUAUCCAGUCAUUUAUCGUCGAAAUCAUCAUCUCCUACCUCUUGAUGUUCGUCGUCUCCGCCUUUUCCACAGAUUAUAGAGCGGUAGGACAAUUCGGUGGAAUCACUGUUGGCAUGACUAUUCUAUUGAAUGUCCUUAUUGCUGGGUAAUUUCUCAAUUUCCCCCCGUAACCUUUUAAUCUAUUCAAUUAAGCCUGUUUGACUAGAUGAGUUAACAAAAUUAACGCUAAAAU